AAUCCCAAUAAUUCAACGCGGAAAAGCAGACGAACUUGUUUAGUUUGCGAUAGGUGGUACCUUGUCGGAUCACUUCCGGUGAGAGGAGUGACCUUUGCCCCUUCUGCCGUCCCUCUUUCCUUUCCUGUAGCGGCUCCACGAGAAGACGCAGCAAAAUGGCUCCACGUAAGGGUAAGGAAAAGAAGGAAGAACAGGUUAUCAGCCUGGGACCACAAGUGGCUGAAGGAGAGAAUGUGUUUGGGGUCUGCCACAUUUUUGCAUCCUUUAACGACACCUUUGUACAUGUAACUGAUCUGUCGGGCAAAGAAACAAUCUGCCGUGUUACAGGUGGCAUGAAAGUUAAGGCCGACAGAGAUGAGUCUUCUCCUUAUGCUGCUAUGUUAGCUGCUCAAGAUGUUGCCCAGAGGUGUAAAGAGCUGGGUAUAACAGCACUUCACAUCAAGUUGCGUGCCACUGGUGGAAACAGGACCAAGACACCUGGACCUGGAGCCCAGUCAGCUCUCAGAGCUCUUGCUCGUUCUGGCAUGAAAAUUGGCCGAAUUGAGGAUGUCACCCCUAUCCCUUCAGACAGCACCCGCAGAAAGGGAGGUCGCCGUGGUCGUCGUCUGUAGAUUCCAACCUUGUAUUUCAGUUUGUUAUUAAAAGUAUCAGACCAA